GUCGCGCCAUAACAAAUGUCAAACAACUGUUUUGCAAUUUAUGUGGUUUUGUUUACAUCUGUUUUUCGUUCGGGCAGCCGGAAAUAUUGGAAAAAGAAGAUGCUGCCUACAGUGGAACAGUCGAACCGGAUAAAUCCAACCCUGGAAGAGCUGACGGAGGAAAAACGAAAAUUUCGCUAUCGAGCGGGUGCGUUUCUGGCAGCAGUUGGUGCAACAUCAGCCGUAGCAGGAUUUAGUAAAGCAAUCAUGUCGGCGAAGAAAUCAGAUCCAAAAUAUUUUGACAAAGGGCUUCACGGAAGCAUAUCGCUGCAUGAAGCCGGUACCAGCUUGGCAUUGCGAGCACUCGGCUGGGGUACGCUAUAUGCGUUCCUUGGAACGGGCACACUUUGCUACGGAAUAUGGAAGCUAAGCGGGGCGAGUAAUAUGGAAGAGUUUCGUGAAGCUGUCGGUAAAGCACUGCCCCGUGUUCCUCGCAAUGAUCCACCGACGAGCCGUACCGAGUUUGAAGGAUUAACCGAUCUCAUGCAAUAUCUCACGACAUGGGGAAAGGACGAGAAAAACAUGUCUUCCUUGCCGAACAAACAGACCACUCCGUAGUGAAUGCGUUCUUUAGUUUGCGGGCACAAAUCACACAGCAAAGCUUAGUACUCUAAUUUGUGGCAAUGCGGAACCAAAUGUAAAUAUAGUAAACACCAUCUAACGUAUAGGAAAACAA